GCUUAGUUUUAAUUGUGUGUCAGGCCAAGUUGUGGCUUCAAAAUUUUCCCAGAAAAAAGAAAAUGCCAAGCAUGGUGAACGCCUUUAAGCAAACUUUUACUAAUCUGACGAAGCUGCCGGCGACGCAGGUGCAGCAGUGGAUCAAAAGCUUUGAGACCAUUAUCUGCGAUGCGGAUGGUGUGCUCUGGCAUUUUGAUAAGGCCAUACCUGGUGCUGCGGAGACAUUCAAUCAGCUGCAGUCGUCGGGACGUCGCUGCUUUGUCGUGACCAACAAUUCGGGUGUCACCAGCGAUGAUUUGGUGAAGAAGGCCAAUGGUUUUGGCAUUAAACUGCCCGAGGAAAAUAUGCUGACGUCAGCGCGCGCCAUUGCGAGCUAUUUGUCGAGCAAUAAAUUUCAAAAGAAAGUGUACUUCAUAGGCGAGGAGGGCAUAGGCAAGGAGCUGGAUAAAGUGGGCAUCAAAUCGUUUGCAGUGCGCGGCGAAAUGGGCGGCCAGGCUAUGCACGACUUUGCCAAGGAGCUGCAGCUAGAUCCGGAGGUGGGCGCCAUUGUGGUGGGCAAGGAUGACUGCUUCACUGUGCCCGCGAUCAUACGAGCAAGUAGCUAUCUACAGGACCCCAAGGUGCUGUUUCUAGGUACUUGCUUGGAUGCCGCCUAUCCCAUAGGCAACAAGCGCGUGAUGGUGGGUGCGGCUGCGAUGAUAGCUGCUGUUAAGGCUAUUAGCGGACGUCGUCCGCUUAUAUUGGGCAAACCCAAUCCCUGGAUGGUCAAGGAGCAACGCACUUCGGGGCUUAUCAAGCCGGAAAAGACACUCAUGAUAGGCGAUACCGUUUAUACGGACAUGUUAUUUGCCCAUAACAAUGGCUUCCAGUCGUUGUUCGUGGGCACUGGCGUCAGCAGCGUGAAGGAUGUCGAACAGCUGCGUCAUAGUGGCAAUAAGAAGCACUUGACCAUGGUCCCGGACACAUACUUGCCCACAUUGGGUCAUCUUAAAGAAUUCCUAGCUUAAGGUUUAACUUCUGUGUGUUUGCCCACAAACGUUUGCCUGCAUACAAAUUGUAAAUUAUCA